GAACACACCACGGAGGAUUGGGGCUCCCGCACCCCCGGGAGGCUGCCUGCUCCCAGGACCGGUGUGCAGGGCACCUCCAAGAAGUGAUUUACCGCUGUCCUGAGCAAUGCUUCUCAGAACUCCUCAUCUGCAGCCGCGGGAUUGGCUUAUCUCUCAGGGCCACCUGCCCUGCCCUCGGGCCGGGAGAGCUGGCUCAGACAUCGCCUUGGCACAGUCAGCCAUGGGAUAUUUCCUCUCCUCCCAGCCGCAGGGGGAGGCGAAGAGACCGCAAACAGGUUCCAGUUCUCAGGCCAAUGCUUCCUCGCUGGAAGUGGCUGCUUGGAACACUGUCUGGAGAACGAGCCGAGGCUGCCGGCGGCCCACGAGCCCGGGGGACCUGUGGGUCUUGGCGCUGGAGUGGGAGGAGCAGCACGUGGGUGUGAAAUCGAUGAACUCUGAGGGGAGUGACCACGUGUUCUUUCCAGAUCAGAUCGUGGUCUGACAAUGGGAUGGACUGCCUAAAACCCCGACUGUCUUUGGUUGGGCUCUGCUGGAAACAGGCUCUGAGACUAGGAUUUGAGUACAAGUGGUUAAUCGGAAGAUCAUUCUGAGAAGCACAGAGAGAAGUGGGGAAGAGAAACGGGAAGGGAAGGAAGCCAGGCCAGGUGAAGUUGAGGAGCAGGCCACUGUUGUGGACAUCUGGGUUCAUGGACAUCUCUGGGGACAUCAGGGGGGUCCAGCCUGUGGGAACCUCUGGGUGAUGGUGCCAAAUACAUCUCAAGGUUUUCCUGCCCAAGGGUGAGAAAGCUGUGGAGCUUAUCUAAGGAGUCCUGGUUAUCAUUGGCUGAGGGCUGCUCCCGGGGCCAGUUCACCAAGCACAGCCCUGAACACAGAGAAAGCCUUCAGGCAGCAUCAGGUGCUACAGGCAGAGAGUGCUGUGGGAGUGGUGAGGAGCGAAUAAAUGAAAGUAAAGAAAUGAAAGCAAGGCCCUGACGCUGUCUGCUCAGGGACGACACCAAGAAAUCAGGAUUGUGUGGUCUUCAAAGAGCCAGGAUCUGGUAAGAACCUGAUGUCUCUGUGGCAUAGCCAUUCUUUGGAGAAAAACAGCUAUGAACACCUGUAACCCUACUGUAGCUGUGGCCCUCGUGCCUCAGCCCAGCAGUACCACAGUAUUUUUUAAAGUGUGGCGCGGCUGGGUGCAGUGACUCACACCUGUAAUCCCAGCACUUUGGGAGGCCGAGGCAGGUGGAUCACUUGAGGUCAGGAGUUCAAGACCAGCCUGGCCAACAUGGUGAAGCACUGUUGCUACUAAAAAUACAAAAAUUAGCCAGGCCUGGUGGCAUGCGCCUGUAGUCCCAGCUACUUGGGCAGGAGAUCGGGCAGGAGAUCAGGCAGGAGAAUCGCUUCAACCCAGGAGGCAGAGGCUGCAAUGAGCCAAGAUCGCACCAUUGCACUCCAUCCUGGGCAACAGGGCGAAACUCUGUCUCAAAAAAUAAAAUAAUUAAAAAAAAUAAAAUAAAA